AUGGCCUCCUCCAAACCCAUCCUCCUGCACUGCGGCGACGACAUCAAAUGGAACAAAUCCCUCUACAGCACCCUCCAAUCCAAAUUCCAAAUCGUGCGCAGCCACAGCAUGUCCCGCGCCGACUUCAUCACCGCCCUGAAGAACAAAACCUUCGGCGACUUCGUCGCCAUCUACCGACCCUUCUGGGCCACGGGCGGCGAAAUGUCGCCCUGGAACCACGAACUCAUCGACCUCCUCCCCGCCUCCUGUAAAAUCUACGCCUCCGCCGGCGCCGGCUUCGACUGGGUCGACGUGCACGCGCUCGCCAAACGAGGAAUCCUCUACUGCAACGCCGGCGCCGCCUGCACGGAGAGCGUAGCCGACACAGCCAUCUGGCUGAUCCUCAGCUGCUUCCGCGACUUCACCUGGUCGGCCCUCGCCGCACGCAGCUGCCGGGAAGACAACUUCCAAGACGCCCAACGCCGCGCCGCGCUCACGCGCAACCCGCGCAACCACUCCCUGGGAAUCAUCGGCCUGGGGAAGAUCGGGCAGCUGAUCGCGCGCAAAGCCCACGUCAGUUUCGGCAUGAAAAUCCUCUACAACGACGUGCGCCAACUCCCCGGGGAGAUCGAACAGGAGACAGAUGCACAGUACUACGAGCAGCUGGAUGAGAUGUUAGGGGUCUCCGACUGCGUCCUCGUCGCGACCCCCUUCGGCGGCGAAGCCGUCCUCGACGCCUCCAAACUCCAGCGCAUGAGAAAGGGAAGCCGCCUCGUGAACAUCGCCCGGGGCAAACUGAUCGACGAAGCCGCUCUCAUCUCCGCUCUGAAAUCGGGCCAUCUCUCCGCCGCGGGGCUGGAUGUGCAUUUCGACGAGCCCCGUGUGAACCCGGAAUUGGCGGGGAUGAGGAAUGUGGAAAUGCUGGCGCAUACGGCGGGCGCGAGCGUGGAUAGCCAUGUGGGGUUUGAGACGUUGGGGAUGCAGAAUAUUUUGGGGUUUUGGGAGACGGGGCGGGCGGUGAGUGCGGUGAAUGCGCAUUUGAUGGAGGGGGAGGAGAAGGCGAGGUUGUGA